GCCGUGAGCCGGCCGCGUCCAGCUCUCGCGCUCCCUCUGGUCCCUGGCGGGCGGGCGCCCAGCUGCUGAGGCCAUGCCACUGAAACAUUAUCUUCUUUUGCUGGUGGGCUGCCAAGUCUGGAGUGUGGGGCUGGCCUACUAUGGCUGCCCAAGUGAGUGUACCUGCUCUAGGGCCUCCCAGGUGGAAUGCACCGGCGCGCGCAUUGUGGCGGUGCCCACUCCCCUGCCCUGGAAUGCCAUGAGCCUGCAGAUCCUCAACACGCACAUCACUGAACUCAACGAGUCCCCAUUCCUCAACAUCUCCGCCCUCAUUGCCCUGAGGAUUGAGAAGAAUGAGCUGUCCCACAUCAUGCCCGGCGCCUUCCGAAACCUAGGCUCACUGCGUUACCUCAGCCUCGCCAACAACAAGCUUCAGGUUCUACCUAUUGGCCUCUUCCAGGGCCUGAACAACCUCGAGUCGCUCCUUCUGUCUAGCAACCAGCUGGUGCAGAUCCAGCCGGCACACUUCUCCCAGUUCAGCAACCUCAGAGAGCUGCAGCUGCACGGCAACCACCUGGAAUACAUCCCUGACGGUGUCUUCGACCACCUGGUGGGCCUCACGAAGCUCAAUCUAGGCAAGAAUAGCCUCACCCACCUCUCGCCCAGGAUCUUCCAGCACCUGGGCAACCUUCAGGUCCUCCGGCUGUAUGAGAACAGGCUCUCAGAAAUCCCUAUGGGCACUUUUGAUGGGUGUGGAAACCUCCAGGAGCUGGCCCUACAGCAGAACCAGAUUGGUAUGCUCUCCCCUGGCCUCUUCCACAACAACCGUAACCUUCAGAAGCUCUAUCUGUCCAACAACCACAUCUCCCAGUUGCCCCCUGGCAUCUUCAUGCAGCUGCCCCAGCUCAACCGUCUCACGCUUUUUGGGAAUUCCCUGAAGGAGCUCUCAUCGGGGAUCUUUGGGCCGAUGCACAACCUGCGUGAGCUUUGGCUCUAUGACAACCACAUCACUUCUCUACCUGACAACGUCUUCAGUGACCUCCGCCAGCUGCAGGUCCUGAUCCUCAGUCGUAACCAGAUCAACUACAUCUCCCCAGAUGCCUUCAAUGGGCUGGUGGAGCUUCGGGAACUGUCCCUCCACACCAACGCACUGCAAGAGCUGGACGGGAGCGUCUUCCGCAUGUUGAUCAGCCUUCAGAACAUCUCCUUGCAGAACAACCGCCUCAGACAGCUCCCAGGGAAUAUCUUCGCCAAUGUCAAUGGCCUCAUGACCAUCCAGCUGCAGAACAACCAGCUGGAGAACCUGCCCAUGGGCAUCUUUGACCACCUGGGGAACCUGUGUGAGCUGAGGCUCUAUGACAACCCCUGGAGGUGUGACUCCGACAUCCUUCCACUCCACAACUGGCUCCUGCUCAACAAGCCCAGGUUGGGGACAGAUGCUCUCCCAGUAUGUUUCAGCCCACCCAGUGUCCGAGGCCAGUCCCUCAUCAUCAUCAACGUCAACGCUGCUCUCCCCAGCGUCCAGGUCCCAGUGAUGCCCAGCUACCCGGAAACACCACAGUACCCGGACACACCCAGCUACCCUGACACCACCUCCAUCUCCACUACUGACUUCACCAGCCCUGUGGGGGACUACACCGAUCUGACCACCAUUGAGGUCACCGAUGACCGCAGCACGUGGGGCAUGACCCAGGCCCAGAGUGGGCUGGCCAUUGCCGCCAUUGUUAUUGGCAUUAUUGCCCUGGCCUGUUCCCUGGUUGCCUGCAUCUGCUGUUGCUGUGGCAAGAAGAGGAACCACGCGGUCCUGAUGCAGAUGAAGGCACCCAAUGAGUGUUGA